CUCAGCCCUUUUACAGCCUCAAUCUUCGAAACUAAGCAUCUCGUACAUACAGGUAAAUGUGAUGGUGAUUUGAGUGUUCAACUCAUUUCACCAAAAGCAUACCUAGCCUUGCUCCAGUCGAGUUGCACAAAUUGAGAUAUUUCUUUAUUAGACCUCGCUACUACGACGCCAUCUGCGAUUAAAUUACUACCUACGCUUACUGUUUCGUGUUCAUCUUGAUGCCUGAGUUCAGACUCCCAUCAAAAUAGUCAAUAUCGAUAGUACCGAUCGCCAUGGUUUGAAUUCCGCUUACGAUAUUUAGUUAUUCUUUAUCCUUAUUUCCUAUUGCCCCUAGAAUUAAGUAUUUGCUGUCAAGAUGGCUUCAUUGCUCAUUCGCGUUAAAUGCCUCCUCGCCGUUCUGUUUGUCGGGAACGCUGCUUAUGGAUUAUCCAGCUCCGGCGUGGACAAGUCAUCAUUGAUACAAGAAUGCCCGAUUUUCUUCGAUACGGUCAAGCGAUGCGAUCCUAUCGCGCCCAAAAGUUUCCUGCCUCCUCAUUUGGCGAGACUUGAUAAGGACAAAGGAUCUCAUUCGCCGGAUCUGAAUGUUCUGGCAGAUCUUCUUGACGCGAUGCAUGUCAUGCAGACGCAAUAUUUCGCGACAUGGCUCGGGACCUGGCCCGAGGCUAUCGACUGGACCGCGGCCGUGAUGGGUACCCACGUCUCAGGGGCCGUCCGUAGCCUUUCCGAGGCGUUGGUACACAUCAACUCGGACGAAGAAAGCGCUAUAGACUUGAAACUGGAGUUGAAUCUAGUCGACAGGUACUUUACUCAAAUUGCGGGGUAUUACUUUGGGCAGGACGCGUUUGCGAUCCGUAACGAGGCAUACGAUGAUAUCCUCUGGGUGGUGCUCGGCUGGCUCGAGACCAUUCAGCUGGUGAGCAUGCACAGCGAUCUUCAUUUCAAGUCAAAUAAGCAAAAGGAAGUCACCAAACCUGAGCCGAGUAAACCUCGAAGAAUUAGUGACUUCUUUUCGAACCAGCCUUACCAUGGAAACCUCUGGGUUCCCGCGUUUGCUCAUCGUGCGCGAGUUUUUUGGGAUCUAGCAACCCACGGGUGGGACACAAAGCUGUGCGGUGGCGGGAUGGUCUGGAACCCUCGUCUUUUGCCAUAUAAAAAUGCCAUUACCAACGAGCUAUUUAUUGCAGCUUCUAUAUCCAUGUAUUUAUACUUCCCUGGGGACGACAAUACUUCACCAUUCUUUAGUGCUGGGAACCCUGAGACAUCCUUUUCUUAUAUACCUAGCGGGCCGAGAGACGCAAAAUACCUGAAAGCUGCUGUCGAGGGCUAUAAAUGGCUUGUCGAUUCUAACAUGACCGACCGCAGAGGCCUUUACACUGACGGGUUUCACGUUAGCGGGUAUAGCGACACUGAGAAUAAUAACACGAAGUGCGAUCAGCGGAAUGACAUGGUUCUCUCAUACAAUCAAGGCGUACUCCUUACGGGACUGCGCGGGCUAUGGGAAGCAACCGGCGCUUCGUCAUUCCUGCUAGACGGGCACAAGUUGAUCCAGAACGUGAUCAAGGCAACUGGCUAUAGUAUUGCUUGGGACGCGCCUCUUGAAACCCUUAUGAGGCUGCAUCCCGGGCAGCUCCCAAGAUGGCACGGUCUAGGCCGAGCAGGCGUAAUGGAAGAUCCAUGCGACGCAAGCGGGACUUGCAGUCAAGAUGGACAGACCUUUAAAGGCAUCUUCUUCCACCAUCUCGCAACCUUCUGCGCGCCAUUGAUCGCCCCCGACACUAAUGUCGACGAGCACGCCUUUGGCGCGGUAAAAGGUGCCCACAGCAGAGCCUGCUCAACCUAUAGCGGCUGGUUGAAGCACAACGCGCAGGCAGCGUUGCGCACCCGCGACGAACACGGCAAAUUCGGGCAAUGGUGGACAGCCGGGUUACUCGCGCACCACUGGGCCGGCCCGUGGCCUACCAUGAGAGACGACGGGGUACCGCAUAAAAGCGGUGUCGACUACCGCAACUACGGCGUGCCAAACGACACCACAUGGCGGGCUCCGCCGCCUAGUAAAGACAAGCCCGGCGUUCACCUGCCCGUUGAGAGACCAUUUGAAAACCCAGACCAGGCGCAGAAACCCAUGCACGGCUCUGCGGAGAAAAAGAAACGCCAGAUCCAAGAUUCCAGCUCAAAAGACCCGAACACGCGCGGCCGCGGCAGAACGGUCGAGACCCAGGGCGGCGGGCUGGCGUUGCUACGGGCGUAUUGGAAGAUCGCGCAUGCGCCUUAGUAAGGUAGCUCGUCAGCGACUCCUUUCGGUUGAGUUAGUCAGACAGAGCAGGUGCUGCUGUCGUAAGCUUAUUUAUUAUUGGCAUUUAGUGGUAUAUAGUCCCAUCUAAGCGAGUCAGCAAGUCUGAUAGUCUCUCCGUAUCGAACCGCAUCGCGUGCACAUACAAAACGAAUGGAUACCAUUGGAAAUGGGUAGUUGGUUAAGAUAUUAACCUAGGAGGUAGGUAGGUAGGUAGGUAGGUAGGUCUAAGCAUACAUCUGCUGCACUAGCGGUUAUAUAUAUACUAUUCUGGACAGCUACGACGGAUCUAGGUAGCGUAAGGUACAGCUUUGUCUGAUAGAAUAGCUUCUGUCCAAGCUUGGUGCUAUGCUAGUUGUCCUGACUCGUGCUUCCACGACUUCAACCUCAUUGCAAAACAGCCGUCCUUAAGUCUGUCUGUCCUGAUAUCGGGAAUUCAGUCAAAACUAAGCAGAAAAAGCAAUGCAAACACACCAUCAAAUC